AUGCUGAACAAUUCCAUUGCUUGCAAAAAAUUAGUAAGUGAUAAAGUUACGACAUUAAGUCCCAGUGUAUUCAUAAAAUGGAAGGAUGGCAUCCCAGUUUUGAUCGUUAAAUGGCGACAUAUUAGUGAUCGCCUCGUCGAUAGAUAUGUCAUAAACAUUGAUAAUGUGGAUAUUAAACAUAUUCCUAGAAAAAAAUUUGGUAAAUUAUUUCUAAUUACAUUAUGUGAACCAGAAAAAGAAAAACCGUAUAUAAUAGAAGUUGUGGUACAAUCAGCCGACAACAACGAAAUUUUUCGAUCAGACACAAUAAAAGUUAUUGUACCAGAUAAACCGCCGUCACAAUCAUUUCAGCAAGGUCAGCAAAUUAGUGGUAAAUCUGCAAUAACUGAAUGUAUCAAUAUUAUGGAAGAAGAGCCACCGUUCUAUGUACUCCAAGAUGACGAGAUUAUGCUAGGAGAUAUUCCUAAACAACAGCGGCAAAAGAAAAAUCCAAAACAAAUAGAAGUAUAUUAUCUGACAAACAUUACAAAAUAUCGCGCACUUAUAUUAUAUCAACAAUUAGUGACAGCUACAUCGAACAAAAAGACUUCAACAGAUGAAAUGCGUAUUCGUAAUUGUGAACUUUCACCGCAUCAGAACUACCCAGGUAUAGACCAUUACCUGAGGCCAUCCGUCAAAAAAUUAUCACUGAAUAAUAAUUGACAUGUUUACACACUUUCACAACGCGAACAAAAAUGAUAAUAGUUCUGACCGAUGCAUUUCUUUGUACUAUUUUGUGAAGAAAGCAGUAAAAAUAAACAAAAAUGAAUAAAUCGUAACUAAUUAGUAUGUAUUCAUAAACACGCGUAUAUGGGUCAUUACUCGUUGAAUACAUAGCUCAAUUUCCCUUCAAACUCUUCUUAAAACUAUAGGCAUUAGUAGGUGAAAGUAAAAGCCUGUUUUGUUUAUGCUUUUGAAAUUUACACGAAUGAGAAAAAAAUCACAUAAGUUUUUUGAUCGCUAAAUUUGUAAAAAUUGAUGAAAAUCAGCCGAUUGACAAGUUUAAUAGACUCCGAUCGGAUAGAUCGUUUUGUAAGAAAACAAUAGCAUCAACAUAAAUCAGUACAGGAUAUACGAUGCAGCAUUGAUUUUUACCGAUGUGGCAUUGUUUUCGAGAAUAAAACUGUGACACCCGUGCACAUCGAUAUUUGUCGAUGCACAUGAAAUGCAAUGUGCAUUCCCAGUACCACAACUUUUUUUCAGAUGCAGCAUCAAAAGUUUUUUUCUACGAUGAAUACUGAAAAGCUUCAGCCGGACCAUAUUAAUUUUUGUUAUUUUUAUUCGAUGAAAAAAUAACAAAAAUUAAUCGCAAACAUGAAUAAACAUCAAGUUACCGAGCAGUCAGCGAAAUUCCAAAUAAACAUAAGAACAUAGACGAAUCACGUAAUAAACGUAGGGUGCACCACAGGAUAGAGACUUCUACUUCGCAGUAAGGUCCAUGUACAGUAAGGAAAUAUCUUCUUCCCUGCGAUAAAGGAUUAAAGCUGCAAACUUUCAUCGAAUAUUCACGAAUAAAUGAUUUAGGAAUUAGCGGAUCGAAAGGAUGGAACAGGUGCACAGUGGGCAAUCAUGUAACAGAAAAACUGAAAGUAAGCUUUUUCGAGAUUUGAAUAGUGUCAAAUAUACUUUGAUUAACAGCCGAUUUUAUGGCUGAAAAAUUUUUGUUCCAACUUUUAAGUUCGUCGAAAAAACUUGUGUGCAAAAGUAGAUCAAAUUUCAGCAACUUUGGGGAAAAUGGCUUCUGUUGUAGUAUGAAGAAAGAGAUGAUGAAUGAAUCGUAAUUAUUCUGAAACCAGAGCUAGUGCUCUAUCGAUUCGUAAAAACAAUUUUCGUGUUAUUGCGAUCUGGUCGGAAAAAAGAAUCUUUCCUUCUAUGCUAAGGGUUUUCCGAGGAGCUGUAUCCGAUAAACUUAGUGCCUCAAUCACAUCCAGCUUUCAAAUAUGUUCAAACCUGAGCAAAAUACUCUUCUACUUAUCGUACAUCUACACAGUUAGCUUAAAGAUGCGUAAACGUUCGUGGACUGAGUUGGAGUUCCGGAAUCUCACCAAAUAAGACUUUCGCCAAUAGGACAUUCACCAAUGACGAAUGUCCACUGUACUUUCGCCAGUCUGACUGUGAUUUAGACGUGGAUUAGAAAAAUCACAUGUGUGUGCGCGAGAUCUUUUAGUAUUAUACUGACUGUGGUACAGUUUUUCGUCUCUCUAUUUUCAUUUUCUUUUUCGUCUAUUUUAUCACUAUUAUUCUAGUGAUAAAAUAGACGAAAAGACGAAACAAGACGAAAUCUUGUUGGCGAACCUGUUUGUCGUGGAAGGAAAGGAAAGAAAAACAAGAAUAAUGUUUCAAAAUCAGAUUCAUCAGGUGCAUCGACAGAUGAACAUUAGGUUACGCUUUAUUUGUCUUUUUCUUCAUAUUAAUCUCGCUUUUUUCUCAUU